UCCGUUGCAAUGUUGCCACGAAUUCUGCGACGACCGCGAAUAAUCCUAUGUUUAGGGUUGCCGUGUGCGAAGGUAGGCUGGGUGGCAAGGGUUUUGUUGCCGUGUCCGAAGGAAGGCCGGUGCGAAGGGUUUCUCUCCGGUGGUUGAAGAUCCGGCGGCUCGGGUGCGAAGGAAGGUUGGGUGCCAAGGGUAUUUCUCUUUCUCUCUCUCUCCGGUGGUUGUAGAUCCGGCGGCUCGGGUGCGAAGGAAGGUUGGGUGGGAAGGGUUCCUUAUGUAGAGGAUCCAAAUACUCCGGAAGAAACGUUUUUGACUCUGAUAAGAUAAUAUUUGAGCGUUUGCAAAAGGAAUUUGAUGCUGCAUGCUGCUCAAACUGGAGCCACUGCAGUACUAAAUGAGCUUGAACAAGCUUUGUCAGAUUAUUCAACGACACAUUCAAGGAGCUUCAUACAUCUCCUGCAUUAGUCAACACUCAGCAACUGAAACGUAUUGUUCCAUUUUGUUCUGUGACUUUAUAUUCGUGCUAAAAUCUCGCAAUGGAAACACAAAAAUCACCAUCCGAAAAGCCACGUUCAGUUGAUCCAGCCAUGACUUCAUGCAGAAAGAAGAAAUCAGAUGAUGCUGACUUUUUAGAGGAUCUGAGAGAUCAUAUUGAUGAAUUCAUUCACGCAUCGAUGGAUGAGCACAAGAAUUGCUUUCAGAAGACGAUUAAAAAGAUGUUCGGAAUGUCGAGGGCAGUCGCACAGAGAAACGAAGAAAUUAAAGAAGCCGACAGCCUUUUGCCUCUUCAGACAACCGUCAGUCAGGAGUCGUCCUAGUUGCAGCUAAGUACUACUGCAACUGAUGUUGAACAAAUAAAUAGCAAGACUUUAAUUUAAACACUGUUGUUUCUUUCGUGCUACAGGCCAUGAUAUUUGAAUGCUGAGUCCAAACACUUAUCGUUUAAUGUUUUCUUAUUUCUUUUGCGUUCA